AUGGGGAAAUUUCCCAAGAAUGUCUUCAGCAGUAGAAGCUUUGAGACUGUGAAAGUGGGUCUUCUUCUAGUUGCCCAGCAUGCCCCACUCAUUGGGGAGAUAGCCACCGUAGCGGGACAGAUUCUCGAUAUGACACAGAUGGCCCACCACAACAAAGCGAUAUGCAAAACCAUUCACGACGUUGUUUUAUCCAACAUGAAUUUUCUGGAAUCGUUAGAUAAAGAAGAAUACGGCAACAACAAGCCACUUGAGCAUUUUUUGAGAGAUGUUUAUCUUCCGACUCUGGUUGAGAUUGCGACAACGAUCGCUCCAAAGAAAAAGUCAACUAUUGAAACCGUCGCAGUUUAUGUAUUAAGUCAAGACGAUUCGAAAGCCCUGCAAAUUGCAUCAGGCAAACUAAUUCACAUCCAACAGCAUCUGCUUGUGCUUCAAGGUAGAGGCCAUGGACGUAUGAUGACCAAGCUCAUUGAACAAAGUGACAAAACCAUCGAAUUGCUGAGCCCCAUCGUCCGCGUCCUUAAAGAUGCAAUGGGCAUUUGCGAAAUACAAGAACAUGCCGUCAAUUUAGAAAAGCUGGUGAAAAUAGGCGAAUUACAAAACACGAUGGCGUCCAUACCAGAUCCGAGUAUUACCAAUGCACUUGAAUUUCGAGGACCUAGCGCCCAGUCCGAAAAUAUGCGGGACACUAUAGCAGCCGUAACACGCAAUAUUGAGAUACCAAUGAAGAAUAUAUCCGAUUAUAGUCGUGAAGAACCAUUUAUAAAUGGAAAGAUAGUAAGAAAGCUAUAUUAUCGGCAGCAACAGGUGGCGCAGAAAUAUUUAGGUCAGGUUAACAUAAUGGACUCGGCUGAAAGAAAUGAUAUCAAUUUGAUGAUUGCGAUUUUGAAAUUGAUGGACGACUGCGAAAAUGUGUUAAAAUUUAUAGGCACGCUUCAAGAUAGUGGUAAACUAUAUAUGAUUACUCAAUGGUGUGAAAAUGGCAAUCUCGAGAAUUAUCUUGCGAAUGCACCCGCAAACUUGGAUUGGUCCAUAAAACUUAAAAUAGCCACGGGAAUUGCCAAUGGACUUGUCUUUUGUCACGAUCGAGAAGUACUCCAUCAUGACUUGAGAAGUCACAAUGUACUGCUCGAUGACAGAUUGUGUCCAAAACUUACCGGGUUUCAGCUGAGCAGAUUUCAAACGGCUUCGUCAAAUAACAGGAGACCUGAACACUUGGGGUAUUUUCCACCAGAAAAGUUUGCUGACAACCCACAGCCAUAUAGGCAAGCCGGCGAUAUAUACAGCUUCGGAGUUCUUCUGUGGGAAAUUGCAUAUCAAGAAAAACCGAUGAAGGAUAAACCUCCCAAAGAUAUCAUACCGAUCGUUUUGGCCGGUGGUCGUCCAGAAAGCUCUAAACAGAUUGAGAUCAUAGAAGGAUACAAGGAAAUUAUGGAGGAAGCGUGGAGUCAAGAACCGUGCGAGCGUCCAAAAGCCGAUGAAGUAUACGGGAAGCUAUUAAAGUUGUCCAAUGAACGUGCACCAAGCUCUCCAACUGUACACCCAUCAACACCUCGCGAAAACUCUGUAUCUGAGCUGCCAUGUUUGGAUGAAGGCGUACCAGACAUAGAAGAAAUCAAGCAAUUGCAUGAAGAUGGAAGAUAUGAGGAGGCCUUUGCUAAAUUCACCAAGCUGGCCGAGUUUGGUAAUGCUGAGGCCUUCUACUAUUUAGGACUGUACUAUCAAAAGGGACUUUGCGUUGAGGCGAACGAAGCGGCUGCGAUGGAUUAUUAUGGAAAGGCCGUUGAACGAGGCAAUAUCGAGUCGGCGGAUAAAUAUGCCGAACUUAGCUUGCGUCGCGCGUUCAAGUACGUGGAAAAGGCUGCGAGCGAAGGCCAUGCGCCAUGUAUCAAAAAAUACGAAACGAUGAAGCAAUUAUUCGAUCAGAUCGGUGACUUGGAGGCUGGUCCAAAUGGUGAUUGA